UGACUCCCUCUCUAUCCAUUCUCUUCCCCACCCUGACCAGCUACCCCUAAGAGGUAGACCAUAAGCCUCUACCGAAAAGAGGUAAGAGGAGGGAGGCAAAGGGAGUCGCCGGGUGGCGGCAGAGACUGGCGAUUGCAUCCCGUGGGAGGAAGCAGCUACUUUUCACCUGCUGAGUCAGAUGAGCCAGUCUUCGGGGGCGGGGUCCUGUAUGAGAGAAAAGGACAAAGAUCGAGAAGGAUUUAUUUGUUCGUUUUGAAGACAGAUUACAUUUAGAGCCAUCUGCAGACCCAGCUGUGGCCUGCGUCUAGGGCAGGCCUUGGGAAGAGGGAGAUCGAGGGUGAUUUUUUCGGUCACGAAGAAACGAUAGCCCGGUCUACGCGGCCCCUACCCCACCCCCUUCCGUGUGGUCCCUAGCCCACAUCGGUGGAGCCACAUGGCUUCUGUGGUCUGGGGGGGUGCCUCCUGGUGGGGCCCUCCGCCGCCGGCCCCAGCCCGGCCGCUCACAGACAUCGACUUCUGCUCCGGAGCCCAGCUUCAGGAACUAACCCAGUUGAUUCAGGAGCUGGGGGUGCAGGAGAGCUGGAGCAACGGGCCCAAAGCGGGGUCAGAUCUCCUGCAGGCCAAGGACUUUGUCUUCUCCCUGCUCAGUCUCGUUCACCGCCGGGACCCCCGCUUUCCUCCCCAGGCCGAACUCUUGCUGCUUCGUGGCGGGGUUCGCGAGGGUUCUCUGGAUCUGGGGCCUGCACCCCUGGGGCCCUACACCCGGGGGCCCCACUACGAUGCCGGCUUCACGCUCCUGGUGCCCGUGUUUUCCCUGGACGGCGCUGGGCCUGAGCUUCAACUGGACCUGGAGUCCUGUGACGCCAGGCUCCACCUCCCAGAGUCGGUGCGCGGAAGCUCGGUCCAGGAGGCGUGGCAGGAUUGCCUGGGACCUCCGGUCCCAGCGGGAUGGGGUUUGAUCCGCCGAAACGAGGACAAAGGCAGUCCCAUGGCCCAGCCGAGCUCCUCAGACCGGCAGCACGAUCGCGUCACUGAGCCCGAGCCGCAGGUGUCUUCGGAAGAAUCACCGAGUGACGUUUCAGGGCCCGAGUCGCCGCGGCCUGACGUCACUGAUCUUGGUGCUCUGCCACCAUUGAAGACACGGUGUGGUGACGUCACCAGGCCAGCUGUCGUCCGAAGCCCGGUCGGGAAGCCGUCUGAAGCGCCGGAAGGGUGGCCCACGUUGUGUCCCGCCCAAGUAGCUGCUUGGUUCUUUGCUUCGCUGGCCGCAGUGGCCGAGGCCCUGAUCCCCGUCCCUGGUGCCCCGCGCCUGGUGCACGCCGCCCGCCACGCGGGAUUCACCACGGUCCUCCUGGCCACGCCAGGGCCCCCGCGCCGCCUGCUUCUCUUCGACUUGAUCCCCGUGGUGUCCGUGGCCGGCUGGCCCGAAGGGGCCAGGAGCCACUCUUGGGCCGGUCCUCUGGUCCCCGAGUCAGCCUCCUUUUAUCUGGUGCCCGGCGGCGGCACCGAGGGACCGGGCGCCUGGGGCUGGCAGCUCUGCUUUGCCCGCCAGGAGCUGGCGCUCAAGACGCGCAUCCCGGAGCCGCUGGGGCAGGCGCACGCUGCGGCCCAGGCGCUGCUGCGCCCCCUGGUGGCGGGGACCCGCGCCGCAGCGCCCUACCUGCUGAGGACGCUGCUCUAUUGGGCGUGCGAGCGACUCCCCGCGCUCUACCUGGCGCGGCCCGAGAACGCGGGCGCCUGCUGCCUCGGGCUGCUGGAUGAGCUGGGCCGCGUGCUCGAGGCCGGGACGCUCCCCCACUAUUUUCUGAGCGGCCGGAAGCUCCGUGCGGGAGCCGGCGCCUCCGCUCUGCUGGGGGCAUUGGCCCGGCUCCGCGGGGACCCCACCGGGGCGCUGCGAGCAGCAGUGGAGGAGGCCAAGGCAGCGCGCAAGGGGGGCGGCUUGGCUGGCGUGGGGGUGGGGCCCACUGAAGGCAGCACUCCAACCUGAGUGCCAAAAGCUGCUUUUAGGGUUACCCGUGUCUCUCCUGGGGAACAGACUGUGCCCAAAGGUCCGGUACGGAAAGGCCUCGUCGGUUCCUCCCAUACUUCCCCGUCCCCGGUUGCCCCGCACCAGACUGUCCACGCCUACAAUCGGUCGCCAGCGCACCUCCCGCCCCAGGACAGUCUAAGGCAACCGUCUCCCUGCCGUCCUCUUGGUUUUCACCUUUAGGAGUCAAUGGCGAUAUCUGGGAGACUAUGUGCUGACAAAAAGGAUAAAGGAGCGAGAUAUAUGCAGA